AAGACAGCCCCCUCUGUCUGACAGUCACCACCACAACAUCACCAGGGCGUUUCAGGCUGCUCUUACAACAGUGACAGUACCCCUUAUCUCGGAUACUGGACCGCCCUGAACGGGAUAACAGCUCAUUUUCCAUGCAGACGACAUGAAAUGUUGAGUUGGUAAAAAUGAACAAACCAAGAAUGGCCACGGAAAAAGGUGUACCCAGUAACUCCAGGAUACUGAUGCUUCUCGGCCAACUGGAGAGGAUGACUGGAGAGGCCAUGGUUAAGGAUGUCGAUACAGCUCGACAGAUCACCGCAAAGAUACUGCAUCUUAUACAGACGCAGGAGAAGAGUGGAAAAGAGGUGAUGUCUAAAGGCUGCAGCGGCAUGGAGGUCAUCCUGACCUCGUUAGAGAACACACAGGAUGUCCAGACCACCCUGAACAUCCUGUCGAUUCUCAGUGAGCUGCUUACUGUGGGCAGAGGUCGCAGGGUAGCAGUAUUUGUGUCUAAAGGAGGAACAGGAAUUUUAUUCCAGAUACUGGUCAUUGCCAGUAAGGAGUUGUCACCCAGCGAGGAACUCAUGUUGCAGCUGCAUUCACUGUUGGCCAAGGUUGGCCCAAAAGACAGAAAGUUUGGAGUGAAGGCACGUUUGAGUGGAGCUCUGACUGUCACUGUCAACUUAAUGAAACAGAAACUACAGAAUACCAAACUGCUCAUGCCAUGCCUGCAGGUCCUCAGGGUUUACGCUACCAACUUGGUGAACGCUAUUUCACUGGGCAAGAAUGGGGUGGUGGAGCUCAUGGUUAAGAUUGUUGCACCAUACAAUAAGAAGAACACCACCCUGCUCAAAGUAGCUCUGGAUGCACUGGGAGCACUGCUCAAAUCCAAAACUAAUGCCCGUCGUGCAGUGGACGGCAAACACGUGCCUGUCUUGCUUUCUCUGUACCUGGAUUGGCAUCGGAGUGACACAAGACAUCGCCAUAUGCUGAUUCGCAAGGGGUUUCUGGUCUGCAUCAGAAACAUCACCAAUAUCAAGCUCGGCAGAAAGGCAUUCAUAGAAGCCGAUGGCAUGAGGAUCCUAUACAACUCAUCUGUUGAAUGUCUCCCAGUGCGGACUCUGGAUCCUCUGGUGAAUGUAUCAAGUCUCAUCAUGAGGAAGUGUUUCCCGAAGAACCGUCUGCCUCUACCCACCAUCAAGUCGGCCUUCCAGUACCAGUUGCCACAAAUUCCUGUUGUCGGACCUGUGGCACAACUGUACAACCAGCCUGCUGGAGUGGACGAUGUUGUAGAUGACAGCGAUGAUAACGAGGAGGCGGAGGCAGACUCAGAAAACGAUAGCGAGAAUGAGGAGGAUGAGAAAAAUCACCACACCACGAAUGAAGACAUAGAGACAGACUUAAACAAACUACAUCCUCAAAAGAGUCCUGGUCGUUCUUUUGAGGAGCUGAGAGUCUAUGAGAGGUUCUUCCUGGAGCUAUCUGAAGACUUUCAGGGGUAUAACUUUGAAUGUUCAAAGAAUGCCUCUACUACAGCUUCAUCACCAUCCUUCUCAUCAGCAGCCUCAGGCCGAUCCUCUUGGCCAAUCAUAGUGCCCACAGCUCAAGCCCUGUCCCCAAAACAUACCCCCAUUCCUAGUUCUCAGGGGCUCUGCAAUAAUACCAAAGGACAACACACUCAGCUGCCUCCCUCUGCUUCCGCUCCUCCUCCCCCUGCAUCGCAAAAGCCUCUAAAACUGGACGACGUCCACCUCGCCAAGGACCAAGACAAAAAAAAAGAGUCCCACAUUCCUUCCCCAGAUGGGGAUGCAACCUUGUCUUCAUUCACCAAGCCUUCUCAAGGGCAGAUGAUAGAACAGGAACUGGCACAUGUGUUUGAGAGUGUCUCUCUAGAAGAGGAGGGGGCUCUCAAUGCAGAAGAUGGAAUAAAGGGAGUGAAACAAGCAGAGUCUCCUGUCAAUUCCACAAGACUCAUACACUCUCCUCUGCUCUUAGAAGGUAUUGUGACACGUCGUUCAGGAGGAGGAGGCAGUAACUGGGGUUCAGAUUGUGGUUCAGAGGGUGCUGAGGAUGAAGGAGGGGAAGGAGCCGUUCUGGAGGUGCCAGACACGGCAUUGCUCCUCUCACUGCAUGACCCUGACCUGUACGUGGAAAUGGUGAAGGGAACACACUCUGUACCUCAUUAUGCUGAAGUUGCAUACCCAGACUACUUUGGCCAUGUUGCCCCAACAUUUAGAGAGCCCCUUCUGGAGAGGGUCUACGGUGUACAGAGGUGUAAGAUAUUCCAGGACAUCGAGAGGUUGAUUCAUCCUAAUGAUAUCCUGGAUAAAGUAGUUUAUGACCUGGAUGUGUUAAGUUGUCCCGUGAUUGAAGAUGAAGGCGAAUCACUUAAGUUCAACUCUCAGUUUGAGUGUGGGAAUCUCAGGAAGGCAGUUCAGGUUAGAAAAUAUGAGUAUGAUCUGAUGCUAAAUUCAGAUAUCAACAGUAAUCAUUACCACCAGUGGUUCUACUUUGAGGUGAGCGGCAUGCGUGUUGGAACAACUUACCGCUUCAACAUAAUCAACUGUGAGAAGUCGAACAGCCAGUUCAAUUACGGCAUGCAGGUGCUAAUGUACUCUGUGCAGGAGGCCAUCAGUGGCAGGCCUCGCUGGGUCAGAACAGGAGCAGACAUCUGUUACUACAAGAAUCAUUUUGCAAGGAGCUCUGUUGCAGCUGGUGGUCAGAAAGGAAAGUCGUACUAUUCAAUGACCUUCAGCACAAGUUUCAGCCACAAGGAUGAUGUCUGCUACUUUGCCUAUCAUUACCCAUAUACAUACUCCACUCUUAAGAUGCACCUCUCCAAACUGGACGACCUGCGGACCCCUCAGAUUUACCUGAGACAAGAUGUCCUGUGCGAAACCUUGGGAGGAAACAGCUGCCCCCUUCUAACCAUCACUGCCAUGCCAGAGUCCAACUCCAAUGAUCACAUCUGUCAGUUUAGGAAUCGUCCAAUAAUCUUCCUGUCGGCCAGAGUGCACCCUGGAGAGACCAAUGCCAGCUGGGUAAUGAAGGGCACACUGGAGUUCUUGAUGGGCACCAGCCCACUGGCAGCCAGCCUGAGAGAGGCCUAUAUCUUCAAGAUAGUCCCCAUGCUCAACCCUGAUGGAGUUGUAAAUGGAAAUCAUCGCUGCUCUCUUAGUGGAGAGGAUUUGAAUCGCCAGUGGCAGAACCCCAAUCCUGAGCUCCACCCUACCAUCUUCCACACUAAGAGUCUGCUGCAGUACCUUGUACACAUACAAAGGGCACCACUGGUGUUCUGUGACUACCAUGGUCAUUCCAGAAAGAAAAACGUUUUCAUGUACGGCUGCAGCGUGAAGGAGACAGUCUGGCACUCCAAUAUCACUGCUACAUCCAGCGACCUUCAAGAGGACCUUGGAUACAGGGCACUUCCUAAGAUCCUCUCUCAGAUUGCCCCAGCCUUCAGCAUGGCGAGCUGCAGUUUUGUUGUGGAGCGCACUAAAGAGUCGACUGCCCGUGUAGUUGUAUGGAGAGAGAUAGGAGUGCAACGCAGUUACACCAUGGAGAGUACACUCUGUGGUUGUGACCAGGGUAAAUAUAAGGGUCUUCAGAUCGGCACCAGAGAGCUGGAGGAGAUGGGAGCUCAGUUCUGUGUGGCCUUGUUGAGACUGAAGAGACUGACCGGGCUCCGUAACCACCAGCACUUGCUGGAUUUGGAGAGCGACAUUAUUGGGAUGCAGACCAAAGUGGUCAGCUGCCCCACCACCUACGUGAUGGAGGAGGACGAGCCGUCCUUCCUGGAGGCCAUCGACUACAGCGCGGAGAGCAACGACGAGGACGCGGAGCCGGAGAACGAGGACGGCGGCGAAGUCCAAAAGAUUCCCGAUCACCUGUCGGACACUGACACCAAUCACAGGGAUUGAUGCGGACGGAUGAGGUCAUCUCCUUCACACAGCUCAUGCUUUCAUCCAUUCACUGCUCAGACUGUUAGCUCCACUCAGAUCAAAACGUCACAAGUUUAAAUAUUUGUUUAUACUUGUCAUUUUGACUGAUGAAUAAAUUUAGAUGUGUGUGUAUGUAUAUAUAUAUAUAUACUUGACCCCUCUAUAUCGACACACUAGGUAUGUUGCGCUGCGUUCGGCACCAGUCGGAUCCGAUUUUCCCAGGUGGAUUGAUUUUGUCGGCCCUCUGGAGGUGACAGCGUCGCUGUUGCUGCAUCAGCCUCUCGCGUCAGAUAGACUUGUAUAAUGUUGCGUUUCAUUUACAUCGGAACUCGGAAACUUGGAGUCAGAAAUGCAAACCUUCCUCUGGCCUCGGCAUUGUUGGCAAUUCCAUUCAUUAACAACAGCGUAGCAACAUGUCCAUGGUUAACAAUGUAAACACUACUACGUGUACAACUGAAUAACUGUGAAACAAACACGACGGAGGUGCUUUUAACGGUGAAAGUAGCAGUGUGUUUUCCGAGUGUCCGAGUUUGCGGGGGAAAUCCGAGUUCCGACUACAAAUGGAACGCAGCAUACAUUAAGCCCUUGGUGAGAUUUAGGAUGGAAUUCAACGAAUGUUCUCACCUUUCACCUUCGCUCUAACCUUCAUGGACUUAAACCCCGGACGCCAUACGCUCUCGCAUUAUAGCAGCAGCACAUAUAACCACAUACCAUGUAACGAAGCCAGCAGCUUCUUUCUAUACUGUUUUUGAAACCUCUCUCUUACCUGUUACACUGUGUUUAGUUGAAACAGGAAAGUGGAUCUUCGGCACUGAUCUACUCAUCCUGGAUUUUUUUUUUCUUUCUUUUUAACUCUCCAUUUGUUCAAUUUCAGCCUUUGUUCCUUCCUGACAGGUCAAGGUGAUAGUGUCUAAAUGUGGUAGAGGGUCAAACUAACAAAACCCCCCACCCUUCGCUUCUGUGCUGUUUAAAACAAAUAGAAAUUUGAGUUACGCCCUCACUUCCUCCUCUCCGUAACCCAUACCUCUUUGACGACGGUGCGCUUGGUCCAAUAACCCACGAGCUGUUUUGCCUUGCUGUAUCUUAAACUGAAACUCUUAACGUCACUCAAAUGUAGAAUGUACUUUGUCUUUGUGAAGACAGACUUGCUGUUACAAACACACACAGACUAACACUGGUUGUUUAUGUUUCCUGGUUGCGCACAGACGUAAAAAAAAAUAUCGAGGUGGAACGUUAGAACGUCCACACGCACUGUUGUGGUGGUGUUUUCAUUGUUUUUAAUAAUAGACAGUAUUAUUAUUGUUAGGCGGCGGCGACGAACGCGGCACACGCACACACGCAACCACACGAGCUUGUGACGAGCAGAAAAACCCUUUUGCACUUUCAAUAAACACUAUACAUGCGGAACGUAGAUGGAAACAAACGGAGGAAAACGUCAACUUUUUUUUGCAAACUGGAAUGUCUUUUUGUUCUUUCUUGUGUGAGCACUUUACUUUUGUGAAUUUGCCGAUUAGCGAGAGAUUGAUGCUUAAAUAGAGACGGUGCUUUGUGUUGACACUUUUUUUUUUAAUGAGUUUCUAUUGCAAUUGUACAGCUAGCGCAUGGCUAUUUUCCUGUCGUUUUUAUUUUGUAAUUUAUUACGGAUUGUCUCUGGGAUGUAACCUGUAUGUAUAUGAAGGAUUUUGUGUGUGAGUGUGUGUGUGUGUGUGUGUGCGCACACAGGAGUUUAAGUUAUUCCAUUAUUCAGCUCAGCUAAUGCUCUUACACAGUGUUUCUUCUUUGAAUUUGAUUAUCCUCCGCCUCACUCUCCCCAAUCAUUUUUGCUUUCUCCUCUUCCCUCUGAACCUCUUUCAUUCCGUUCUUUUUCUUCAGUCUUUUUCAGUAACUUCCCUUUUUUUAAGAGUUAAUCAUGAACAUCCUGCAAACCUGGGGAGGUUUUUUUUUUUUUUUUUUGUUCAUGUGUGUGUCUUUGUGUGGAAUAUAUGAUGAAAUUGUGGGUGCUGUUACAGUGUAUCUGUGUUUGUCCUGCUUCUUUUGUUACGUGUUUGUUUGAAGGUGAACAAGUGGAAAUAGCAGCAGGUUUUUAGGUUGACUGUAUAACGCAGGAGACGGAAGCUAAGACAUGAGAAAUAAAAUAUAAAUGUGGUAAAACUGCGGCGUU